AUGUCUAGUCUGGGGGCCUUGGGUGGCACCCGCGCCGGGCUAGGACUGUUGCUGGGCACCGCCGCGGGCCUUGGAUUCCUAUGUGCCCUUUACAGCCAGCGGUGGAAACGGGGCCAGAGCCAGAGCCAGCCCAGCUCCCUGGACUACGUGCAGACUUCAGAGCCUGGACGCCAGGUGAGGCCGUUGCGGGCAGCUCCAGGUGAGGCUGGUGAUGCUGCGGUGUUGCCGAGCCUUCCACGAGAAGGGCAGGAGGAGGUGCUGGGCCGUCUGGAGUUUGUGCUGACCAGCCUGCUGGCGCUGCGUGGGGAGGUGGAGGAGCUGAGGCGCAGCCUGCAGGGGCUUGCUGGGCAGAUUGUGGGCGAGGUCCGAUCCCACCUGGAAGAGGACCAGAAAGUGGCCCGGCGGCGAAGGUUCCCAUUUGCUCGGGAGAGGAGUGACUCCACCGGCUCCAGCUCUGUCUACUUCACGGCCGCCUCGGGAGCCACGUUCACAGAUGCUGAGAGCGAAGGCGGUUACACAACAGCCAACGCUGAGUCUGACUAUGAGCGGGACUCUGAAAGGGAGAGUGAUGACGACGGGGAAGAUGAAGUGAGCUGUGAGACUGUGAAGAUGGGGAGAAAGGAUUCUCUGGACCUGGAGGUGGCUUCAGGCCUGGCACCUGAAGCCCUGGAGGCUGGUGGCUCCCCUGGCCCAGAAGAUGUGCUGGCCCUCCUGCAGCAGGCAGACGAGCUGCGCCAGGGCAGUGAGCAGGGCAAGCGGGAGGGCUUGCAGCUGCUGCUCAACAACAAGCUGGCGCAUGGAAGCCAGCAGGACUUCCUCUGGCGCCUGGCCCGGGCCUACAGUGACAUGUGUGAGCUUGCUGAGGAGGCAGGUGAGAAGAGGUCCUAUGCCCUAAGUGGAAAAGCAGCAGCGGAGGCCGCUCUGGAGAAGGGGAAUGAGAAUGCUGAGUGUCACCAGUGGUAUGCAGUGCUUUGUGGUCAGCUGGCUGAGCAUGAGGGCAUCCAGAGGCGCAUCCAGAGUGGCUUUAGCUUCAAGGAGCAUGUGGACAAAGCCAUUGCUCUCAAGCCAGAAAACCCCAUGGCAUACUUUCUCCUUGGCAGGUGGUGCUACCAGGUCUCUCACCUAAGCUGGCUAGAAAAAAAAACUGCGACAGCCUUGUGUGAAAGCCCUCUCGGUGCCACUGUGCAGGACGCCCUCCAGAGCUUCCUAAAGGCUGAAGAACUACAGCCAGGAUUUUCCAAAGCAGGAAGGAUAUAUAUUUCCAAGUGCUACAGAGAACUAGGGAAAAACCCUGAAGCUAAACGGUGGAUGAAGUUGGCCCUGGAGCUGCCAAAUGUCACUAAAGAGGAUUCAGCUUUCCAGAAGGACCUGGAAGAAUUGGAAGUAAUUUUAGGAGAAUAA